AUGAGUCUGAAAAUAAAUUAAUCUCAUGUAAUUGAAAUAAUAAAAUAGCAAUAAUGUAAUAACCAUGUUAUUAUUUAUAAAAAUGGAAUAUAUUGUUUAAAUAAUUAAUAUGGAUAAUUUUGGUACUUAAGCAAUCUUUUUGGGAACAAUUCCUUUAUUAUUCAUCUUUGGAUGAGCAAUAAUAUGUUAGUUUAUAAAUUUAAUUAAUAAAGUAAUGUAUUUACUUUAUCAAAUUCAUUUCUUAUGGAAGGAGAAGGUUAAUUUGUUAUUCUUUUUUUUCGUUCGUUAUACAUAAAGUAGACAUAAUUAUCUAUCAAAUAAGAUAAAAAUUAGCUUUGCCUAUUUUUAGUAAACAAAGACUAAGAAUUAUAAUUAUUCUAAAGAAUUAGAUUUCAGGAAUGGCACAUUUGGGGAACUAUGAGUGAUAAUGGAUUUUUGCUAAUAACAUGGGAUUAAGCUUCAAAAGAACUAAAAGUAAUCUCUUGUUUUUAAAAUUGA